CCUGGCUGCAUCAGCUUCAGUACAUGCCACAGAAGAAGAGUCGGACCGGAAACUAAACACAGCUUCACAGCAGAAAGGAGCAUCAGGCGGAACCAGACUAAUCACCGAACGGAGUAAAUGACUAAAAGCUGCAGGCAGGCUCAUGGACUCUGAAGCUUACACCUGGUCGUCACUGGCUACAGAAUGGAAAGCCCUGACUGGACAGACCCUCCUCUGACUGCAUCGCCUCCUCAUCUCCUGUCAGGAUGUCCCGCACUUCUAAUGAAGAUGACCAGAGGAAGGCGGAGCCUCCCACCAGCAUGUGGGAGGAGUCUCAGCCCGGUCCGUCCAGGUGUGAGCCCGGCAGGCAGGGUUACUGUGGAUACUGCAGAGUCCUCUACAGUAAUCUGGACCAGCACCUGUCCAGUCUCAGACACCUGGACUCAGUCCGGACGUCCUCCAGAGGCUCCAGCACCACCUCCUCAGCCUGCAGCCGUACCAGACUGACCCUGAUGGAGCGCUUCCUGCAGGACGUCCUGCAGCACCACCCGCACCGCUACAGUGACUCCAGGCCGUCCCACGCCGACCUGCCGUCAGUGUCCGCCCCCCCGCUGCCGAGGGCGGAGCUUGAUGAGCUAUGUUUCUCUGACGACAGUCGGUCUUUAGGCACCCGGGAACUUCUGCCCAGCUCAGGUGAUGUCUCCUGUCAGCCGGCAGAUCAGGAAGAUCUGUCUUCACCAAUCAGAGCGCAGGAAGGAGGGUCCGCUCCUCCUGGGAGUACAUGCGUAUCACAGCCUAGAGCCACACUCCCUCAUCAUCAGGCUCCUCCCUCAGUCCACACAAAGGCCCACAGGAAGACCAACAGGAGGAAAUCCAGUGACUCCUUGUCCAAGUCCAGCAGGGGUCCAGGUUCUGAACCAGACCAGGAUCUUAGUCUCAGAAAAAGACAAAGGUCCACCUUGGAUCUGAGGCCUUGGCUCAGUUGGCAGAGGGAGAGGAGAGAGGCUCACAGGGAGGAAGCGUUUUCCUCAGACCACACCGACCCAAUGGACCAAACUAUUGAGGAGGUGAUCCAGAUCUAUUGCCAUGGCACCAGUUUCACUCCCCACCACCAGGAGGAAGUAGACAGUCUCCACUUCAGCCUUCCUGUCUCCAUAGAAACGCAGAGUGAGGACUGGGACUCACCUGUGCAGGUGGUCUUCCAGCAGGGCACUGACACACCGGUCCAGGUGACUCAGACAGCGGGGCGGGACCUCAGCCGUCUCGUUGAUCUUCAGGUGCACCUGGAGGACCAGACGUACUCCCACCAGCUUGACUCUGCCCUUCACAGCAAGAGCAGAAGAGGCGGGGCCAGGCAGGAUGAAGGGUUCUUGACUCUCCCCAUAGAAGAAGUCUUGCCUGUCCCAGAACACAUCCCAGACUCCUUCAGGGGGAAGACCUGGGCCCAGAUCGAGCAGGAGGAUGAGAAGAGGGUGGAGAGACUGGUCCGACAGUUCAGACGAGGAAGAUUUCUUUGCUACUUCGACACAGAGUCUCUGGCCAGGUAUGGUAGGAGGAGCCAAAACAAGACAGAGGCGGAGCCAGACUCAGCCGUCCUGCCUCUGGUGGACCAUGAUGGCGGUGACUCUCUUUGUGUGAGGAAAAGGAGUAGGAGGAGGUGGAGCUUCAGGUUGGCAUCCAGGUGUCAGGUGGUCAAAGUCAGCCACAGCACCCAGACCGUCCAGCUGCUCGUUCCGUCUGUCCAUCAUCUUUGUCCAGAGGCCCCGCCCACCGCUGUUCCCGAGGCCAACCAGGGUAUAGCAGAGCAGACUCCUGAGAUGCAGACAAGGCGCUGCCUUCCUCCAUCAUACUCCAACAUUUUCACACCUGUUCAGCCACGCACCUCUCUGGUCUACCUGCUUUGCUCCCCCUCAGGCUCCGCCCCCUCCACCCCAGAAAAUUCCACCCCCAAGCGCAGCAGGAAGAGGCGGCGUCCUCUGGAGCUGCAGGGGUUAAAGCUGAAAUACAGACGACUUCCUGUACGCUUCUACGAGCCCGGAACCAACCGCAUCUUGAAGAACCCCCCGAGAGGUCUACGUUGGCACAGAGGCUCUGCCCCCUCAGGCCCCUCGCCGCCCUGCGUCCGCCAGCUGUUCCGAAGCCUGAGUCCAGACCUGAACACCGACAAACCAGCGGGGGAGGGACCCAAAGGAGACAGCUUUCUCCGGAGCACGCUCAGGAGUGACUCAGCUCAAGCCAACGUGGUCCAGAGGCCAAAAAGGACGUCUCAGGCCCCGCCCCCAAUGCUGGACGGCAGGUCAGAGCAGGUGAGGAGGAGCAGGAGAGAGAGGAGACGGCCUCCACCCUCCAAGAGGAGAACCAGAAGUCUGGCCCAGCCCCCUCCGCCUAGGAGGGAGGGGCUACGACAGGCAGCAAGCAGAACUCUUCCUAGUUUCUCAUGCCCCACCCCGAUCUCCACCCGCCGGGGAAGGGGACGGAGAGGUCGGGGCUACGAGAGAGCCAGGUAGCACUACAUCUGAUCAGGUGAUUAGAUGACUGAUCAGGUGAUGGACUCUGGACUUCAUAAAGGACUCUUCGGGAGCCUGCUGUGGCCAAGACUAAUUAUUCAUGAAUGAACAUCUAUGGAUCAGAAGCUGUAACCAAAUUUAAAUGUUUAAAUUCUAAAUAUUUAAAAAAAAAACAUUUUAAAUUAAAAUAAAGUUACAUUUUAAUUAUUUUUUCAUAAUUUCAAAAAUAUUUUCAUUUAGUUUCAUCAUGAAAUUGAUCAAUGAGCCACAAACAUGAAACAGAAGGUUGUUCCUUUAAACGGAGAAACGAAGUUUACUGUUUAUUUUCAUUCAUGACGCCGUUCACCGGACCACCACUCUGGCAGCUAUGUUUCCAUGGAAACACGCCUGGGACCUUUGUCCAGGUGUGACGUUUGAUACUUUUCUAUCUGGGUGUUUAUUUCAGC